AUCUUUGUCUGGCCGUAUUGUUGGUGGCGUCUGGUGGUUCUUCACUUUAAUCAUCAUCUCCUCCUACACUGCCAACCUGGCCGCUUUCCUGACUGUCGAGAGAAUGGUUUCGCCCAUUGAAAGCGCCGAAGAUCUGGCUAAACAGACCGAGAUCGCCUACGGAACUCUGGACUCUGGCUCCACCAAAGAGUUUUUCAGGCGCUCAAAAAUCGCCCUCUUUGACAAAAUGUGGACGUACAUGAGGAGCGCAGAGCCGUCCGUGUUUGUAAAAACCACAGCCGAAGGGGUUCAGAGAGUCCGUAAAUCCAAGGGGAAGUAUGCCUACCUGCUGGAGUCCACCAUGAAUGAAUACAUUGAGCAGAGGAAACCUUGCGACACCAUGAAGGUGGGAGGCAACCUGGAUUCCAAAGGCUACGGGAUCGCCACGCCGAAAGGAUCCCCAUUAAGAAAUCAGGUUAACCUCGCAGUACUAAAACUGAAUGAGCAAGGGCUGUUGGACAAAUUGAAAAACAAAUGGUGGUACGACAAAGGAGAGUGCGGCAGCGGGGGAGGUGAUUCCAAGGAGAAGACGAGCGCCCUAAGCCUGAGCAACGUGGCUGGGGUCUUCUACAUUCUGGUUGGAGGACUCGGUUUGGCCAUGCUGGUGGCCUUGAUCGAGUUCUGUUACAAGUCCCGAGCCGAGGCGAAACGAAUGAAGGUGACUUUUGGGGAUGCCAUGAGGAAUAAAGCAAGACUUUCUGUCACAGGGAGUACUGGGGAGAAUGGUCGGGUGAUGACGCCAGAGUUUCCUAAAGCUGUCCACGCUGUCCCCUACGCAAGACCUGACAUGGGACUAAACGUCAGCCUGACCGACCUGUCCUGAUCAAUGAAAAACUCCUGAGUGCCUUACAACGGUUUCAAUAGAGCGAUUCUCUUUUCCUCCCUUCUUCUGUUCCGGCACUUUUUUUAUUUUGUUUUCCGGUGAAAAAGAAAAAAAAAAUCAGAGAUGGAGGCUUCAUUUUCUUUGUAAAGACUUGUAUUGUUCCUCAGUGUCUCCAUUUAUCACCGCAUACGAACACCUCUCUAUAUAGGAGACGUUCAAUCUUGGAAAAUGAAAAAGUGGCUCUUGCUUUUUUUUUUCCUUUUUCUAAAAAAAAUGGUGACGCCAUGCUUUCCUAUCUGCUCGGACUGGACUGAGACAGAAGCAAGGGCUUGACUGACAGCUGCGGUAUCUUCUGGGAGUCAGAGGUUCAGUCAUCUACGCUGUGUUUUCCACGAGUGCUCGAACGUGCGUGCGUGUGUGUGUGUGUGUGUGUGUGAGGCUGUAAGUGUGUAACAGGGCGAUGUCAACAACACACCAUUUCCGUAGCCACCGCCGCCAAACAGGAUUUUCAAGCACACUUGAUUUCAUCUAAGAUGUGAAAAGCUCAAAUUUCUUUUUUUUUAAGAAAAUUUACA